AUGUCGUGGGCUGCGUACAUAUCAUCUGUGGAUAGGCUUUCGUAUAGCCCUGGCACCGACCCUCUCUACUUGACAAAGAAGGACAGAUAUUAUCAUCGAGUCAAGGCAGGACGUCCUGCACUAUCAUGUUGGGAAGUGAAUCAGGUAAACGAUCUCUUCACUGAACAACCGCAAGCCGAUUGGUCGCUCAACGGCCGUAGUUCUACGAUACUAAAUCUCAACGAAGAUCUCGGCAUACCCAAAUCCCUCGCAGCUAUCUUCGUCCGCUAUUUGGGCAUCCCCAAAGUCGUCAACAUCGGCAUCCUACUGGGCCAGUCCGCCCUGGCUUCUAGCCAGUUUGCCUUGGGCUCCUUGCUCGACGCCGGCACGAGCAACAUGUCCCAGGACCUGCACCGUCUAAUACUUACGUCCUACAUUGCGACCACGAAUACCCUCACUGAUACGACCCUGUACCCCCACGACGACAUACCAAACCAAGCGCUGGGAAAGGAUCAGAAGCCCAAGCCCAAUGUCGGGGACUUCGUAGUCUUCACCCCCGAUGUCGCCACCCUGUCGGUCAAGAACCUCGCCAUUAUACCUGUCUUUUCGGUGCUGCUGGCGGUGACGGCAUUCGUCCUUUUGAAAUGGACACCGUUACGAAGCGUCAAGGCGCUUGACGCAGUGGUGCUGCAUCAUACUCUCAAAGAGAAGUAUCCCGAGGCAUGGCCCCUGAAAGAUGGGGUUUGGAAAACUGGAUCUCUCCAAGACGAUCUGCCACUUAACGAGCAACAAGUCCGACAAUCACGCAACAGCCGAACACAGAGCGAGGACUACCUCAUGCUGCCCAUCUACGAGCCCGAAAGACCAAGUCAGGAGCCCCACCGCUCGCAUUUGCGGACCCCUUCUGGCGAGACACUGGUGCCAUUUAGCGAGUAUGGUAUUCGUGGAAGUCAGAGUUCGAGCACGAGGUAUACUUUGGAUGGGGUGUACAUGGUGCCACCCAAUGAAGCUCAGACCCAAGAUACUCGUGAACAGGCAACCCAGGGGGCAAGAAAUUCAUGA